UCAGAAGGAUAUUUCGCUGCAGAAUCUGUUGUAGAUGUCGUAGGACUUUAUCGAGGGAGAUUUCCCCUGAAGACUAUUUUUAUUUCUGUGAAAGUGGCUUAUCAGUUCCUAGCUAAAAUGCUAAGAAAAGCAACAAAGAAAACACACACGGUGUCAAGAGGCUAGUGGCCUUCAAUCAAACCAAGAUGGAUUCCGAGGAGGAUGUAAGACUGACAUCAUUUCGUCCACUCAGUCCAGACCAUUCCAAAUCGAACUUCUCUCUAGCUCGAUUUUUCCAGAGAAAACGGCAUGAAGCGAGAGUGGAAGUCAAGGUGGAUGCGUCAAAGGGCCAACGUCCAGUCAGCCCUUUAGUAAGUCCCCGUAGCUCUCCGCAGCUGCAGAAACGAACGAAAAGCCCUGAACCACUGCAGCGAUCGUGGUCAUCAGCCUCUCCACUGAUUAGGAGGCGUUCCAGUGCGCAAGCUGGUAGUUCUGUUCCCUCGAGACGUGCUUCUCCUGGUCAUCGUAAUGUACACGCUGUUCUGGGCCGCCUCAAUGCGGCUGCAGACGGAGGAGGACAGCUGAGACAAGAGUACAAGGAGAGUGAUUUCAAGCAGUACUGGAUGCCAGAUGAGAAUUGUAAAGAGUGCUAUGAAUGCAGUGAGAAGUUCAACACUUUUCGCCGUCGACAUCACUGUCGUCUUUGUGGCCAAAUAUUCUGCUACAGGUGUUGUUACCUGGAAAUUCCUGGACAGCUUAUGGGAUAUACAGGGUUCUUACGAGUGUGCACCUACUGCCACAAAGUUGUACAGCAUUACACUCAGUCCUCUGACUUGAAUGUCACCAGAAAUCUGGAACAGCUACAGGCUGACCUGCGCACAAUCAACUCUGAGCCAGACUUGAGUACCACUAACAAUAGCAACAUGACUAUGACAGUUCCUAAACCCUAUCCCUUUGAUUUUGACGAUGAAGAGCAUAUCUAUAUUCAGCCAUUGCUCAGAAAGGUUAGUGGUACUGGUGCAAGUGGCACGGCUGGAAUGAAUUCUUAUUACGAAAAGUUUGAGCUGAAAGAGAGACCAUCACCCAUGUCAGGGAGGAGACCGUUUGAUGCAUUUGGAGUCUGUGCGGCAGAAGCUGACAUGUUGAAACAGGACUCUUUCCGUGAGUUGUGGAAUCAAAUAAUGUCCCCAAGGUCUGGAUUAGAACUACAGAGCCAUCGCUUCCGUUUGAGGACUUACCAGAAUUGUUUUGUUGGAAGUGAAUUAGUUGACUGGCUGCUUAAGUAUGAGAAAACUUCCACAAGAAAUCAGGCUGUUAUGAUUGGUCAAGGUUUGCUGGAGUCUGGCUGGCUAGAGCCUGUACCUAACACACGUGACGGAGGAGCAGUCUUUAAAGAUGAAUAUGUUCUGUACCAACCUGGAGUGGCUGUUUCCACUAAGAAGUCAUCACUAUUCUGGACAGAGACAGACAAGCCUGCUGACAAAAAUGAAUCCCUGAUUGAGAGUGAUGAGAUCAUCAGUGAACACGUGGAUGAUGAUAAUGAUGAAACAGUACCUCACUGGUUCCGACAGCUAGAGCAGCAUGGUGUUGAAUCAGCUUCAGAGGAGUUUGAUUCCAGUUUCUCUCAAGAGGCGUCUGGAAAACCAAAUAAUGUUAAGACAGGACCAAAGCUUUUGGAUCUGGAUUUAAUGAAUGGCAUCGCCUCUGAGGAAGGAGACAGCGAAUUAUCACUCAAGGUUGAUCUGCAACAUUUUGGAGAGCCUGGAAAACUUGGCAUGGCAUCACAGGACACCCAAAGUGAAGUAGGAGGCUCCAAACUUUCUCUGAUAACAGACACCCCUCCACCUCCACUGGAGCAGUAUGUGUACAACGAGGGGUACCCGUACACUCCACUGAGACCCAGCAACAAGAAAAAUCAAGAUGAAAUUGUGCUGAGCACUAGCAAUACCCCGGAUGAGAUAUUCAGUGGAGCUAUGAUGGCACGGAAGAUUGGUGUGGACCGAUCUCCUGCCCCUGAUAUUAGCGAGCUGAGGGAGGAUAAUGGUGAGAGGUUAGCCAUGGAACGUCUGAGGGCUGCACAUGCAUACCAUCUAAACACUCUGUUGGAGCAAUUGUUGAGGGAUGCUGGGCUGUCAGUUGAUUGGAAAGAAACAAUAUUGCCUAUAGUGAAGAUAGUCAGUGAGCAGGUGACUCCUGAUGUUCGUAAAGAUGAUGACAUGGAUAUCUGUGACUAUGUAAAGUUCAAGAAGAUUCCUGGAGGAAACAAGAGUGACUGUGAAAUGAUCAGCGGUGUUGUGUUCACAAAGAACAUCGCAAAUAAGAAGAUGGCCAGUGUGUUGAGCAACCCUAAAAUCCUGGUUCUUAGUUGUGCCAUUGAUUAUCAGCGUAAUGAAAACCGCCUGGCUUCUCUUGAUCCUCUUGUUCUCCAAGAAUUCGAAUUUCUGAAGAACUUUGUAGCAAGAGUGGUUUCUUUACGACCGAACAUUUUGUUGGUGGAGAAAACUGUUUCACGACUGGCUCAGGACAUGCUCUUGCAACAUGGGAUCACUCUGGUCUUGAAUGUUAAACCAGAAGUGAUUGAGCGCAUAGCCAGAUGCACACGAGCAGAUGUUCUUUGUUCCAUGGAGCAGCUUAGUCGACCACAACUGGGUUCCUGUCAAUCAUUCAGAGUUCAGAGAUACACUCUUAAGAAUGGAGAGUCCAAGACACUCAUGUUCAUUGAUGGCUGCCCAGCUGAUCUUUUCUGCACAGUGAAUCUCCGAGGAGGCAACAGUUUCGUGUUGGCUAAAGUGAAGCGUAUUUUCCAACACAUGGUUUUCGUUGCUUACAGUUUGAGAUUAGAACUGCAGUUUCUGAUGGACGAGUUCGCCUUGCCACCAGAUACUAACCAUUUAAUUGAGGAAUGGGAAAUUGCCGCUAAAAAUUUUGAAAAGAGGAUGAAAGCGGAUGAAGGGGAAUUGAAUGAAAAAGAGGACAGUGGUGGAGAUUGUUCAGAACAGAAUAAGAACUUGACAGAAACAACACAGCAAGAUUCUUGUGAAGGAAGUGAACUUUUCCUCACAGCGUUAAAAAGCACCAUUUUAGCCAGCUCGCCAUUUCUCGACUAUCCGCUCCCGUAUUUGCUCACAGAAGCGGGUAGAAACAUGGCCUUAAGAUCCGCUCUGCCUCGAGAUAUUUACUGGUCAGCACGACUCGACCUAGAUCCCCAUUCUCGUCACUUGACCGAAGAGGGUAUGGAGGAGUUUGAUUUUUCAAAUCCUCAUCAGCGCCGCCUGAGUAAGCUGGUUUGCAUGUUGGAACCACACCCUCUGUUGUCAGCGUCACUGACAAUGGAUCCUAAUAACAUAUUGUUUCAAGCCUUGGUGAGCGACUUUCGCGCCCAGGGAGGACAAAUACAGCUGACGAAGAAUGGGAUGGCUGUGUCCCGAGGCCGUUGUAAAUGGCUUGAAGGUAUUGGCGAGAAGAAGGUUAGAAAGAGCAAUAAAGAAAAGAGCUGUCUCCAGGGAACUAACAGCCCAAAGAUCAAUUUUCCAGAAAGAACAAAUGAAGAAGAGCAAGAACAGAAGGAUCAGUUUGUUCCAGCAAGCCCGCUUCAUUUUAACAGAAAGCAAGUGGACUGUUUGGAUCCAUAUGCUCAUCAGAGAAUUGCCGUGUUAUUCAUAAGCUACUCAAAUGAAUCGAACAAUUCACCCCGCCCGUGUAUUAGUCCAUGGGCUGUUUUCAUGGAGUUUUAUGGACGAAACGACAUCACUCUUGGUGGUUUUCUGGAGAUAUACUGUUUUAGGUAUAUUGUGAUGGGUUUUGAAAUAUAUAAUGGAGAGUCCAAGACACUCAUGUUCAUUGAUGGCUGCCCAGCUGAUCUUUUCUGCACAGUGAAUCUCCGAGGAGGCAACAGUUUCGUGUUGGCUAAAGUGAAGCGUAUUUUCCAACACAUGGUUUUCGUUGCUUACAGUUUGAGAUUAGAACUGCAGUUUCUGAUGGACGAGUUCGCCUUGCCACCAGAUACUAACCAUUUAAUUGAGGAAUGGGAAAUUGCCGCUAAAAAUUUUGAAAAGAGGAUGAAAGCGGAUGAAGGGGAAUUGAAUGAAAAAGAGGACAGUGGUGGAGAUUGUUCAGAACAGAAUAAGAACUUGACAGAAACAACACAGCAAGAUUCUUGUGAAGGAAGUGAACUUUUCCUCACAGCGUUAAAAAGCACCAUUUUAGCCAGCUCGCCAUUUCUCGACUAUCCGCUCCCGUAUUUGCUCACAGAAGCGGGUAGAAACAUGGCCUUAAGAUCCGCUCUGCCUCGAGAUAUUUACUGGUCAGCACGACUCGACCUAGAUCCCCAUUCUCGUCACUUGACCGAAGAGGGUAUGGAGGAGUUUGAUUUUUCAAAUCCUCAUCAGCGCCGCCUGAGUAAGCUGGUUUGCAUGUUGGAACCACACCCUCUGUUGUCAGCGUCACUGACAAUGGAUCCUAAUAACAUAUUGUUUCAAGCCUUGGUGAGCGACUUUCGCGCCCAGGGAGGACAAAUACAGCUGACGAAGAAUGGGAUGGCUGUGUCCCGAGGCCGUUGUAAAUGGCUUGAAGGUAUUGGCGAGAAGAAGGUUAGAAAGAGCAAUAAAGAAAAGAGCUGUCUCCAGGGAACUAACAGCCCAAAGAUCAAUUUUCCAGAAAGAACAAAUGAAGAAGAGCAAGAACAGAAGGAUCAGUUUGUUCCAGCAAGCCCGCUUCAUUUUAACAGAAAGCAAGUGGACUGUUUGGAUCCAUAUGCUCAUCAGAGAAUUGCCGUGUUAUUCAUAAGCUACUCAAAUGAAUCGAACAAUUCACCCCGCCCGUGUAUUAGUCCAUGGGCUGUUUUCAUGGAGUUUUAUGGACGAAACGACAUCACUCUUGGUGGUUUUCUGGAGAUAUACUGUUUUAGGUAUAUUGUGAUGGGUUUUGAAAUCGGCCACGCUGCCUCCGCAGUCUUAAGAAUGUUGAUAUUAUGUUGCAGGUACCGUCCUAUCAAACUGUUUGAGAUAGCCAUCCCUUCCCCACGGAUUUAUAUCAAUGAGAAGACGAGAGAUGCAAGCUUGUGGAUCAGUGACCUGCGUGCUAUAGCAACAAGAGGAGAGACAGUGUUUGCUGCUGUUUUUGACCGGCUUGAAUCUCUAAAGGAUUAUUCUACUCAGCCAGACCGUCAUGUUAAGAUACAGCAGUUUUUUGUAGCACUCGAUGAGGAGCAUACGCGCUUCUUGGAACAAGUUGAAAUUGUGGAAAAGAAAGCAGCCAGUCUUCAGGAACCACAGAAUUCGCUAGCCACGAAGAACCCGGACUCAUGUGAACACUUGGGCCCUGAAGAUAGACAGGCACUGGAGUACGUCAUAGCAAACAGCUUGAAUAGUCUCAAGAAAACCUUGUGCGAAACUGUAGAAAGCUGGAACAAUACCCUACAAGAAUAUUUCCAAGCUGAAAAGAAGAAGACCAAUAAGUCGAUGACAUCUUCCAUGCGGGAAGGAAAGUUGAUGUCUUCAGUACAACUCGACGGAAAGUCAUCAUUAGAACAACUAAGCAAAUCGACUGACUUUCUGGGAGUCCGAGGCGUGGACUUGAAUUUUCAAGAAGGAAACCUCAGCCCCUCUCAGACUCCCUGGGGAUCAAGAUCACCCUCACCCUACCCCAGCCCUGACAUAAACGAAGACUCACCUGAAGUGUUGAGCGGGCCAGAUGUGGAAGUAAUGCACGUGACCAGUGGAUUUCGACCAAUCCCAAGCACGGAAAAAGACGUCAACACCCCAGUGGACUCCCCCACGGAAGGCAUUUUACCUGUGGGAGGGGUGGUUAAGGGACAUUCUUUGCCUGGUGCAAAAAAUGAGCCUUUAGCAAGGGUCUGUCUUGAGAAGAAUCUCACAGAGCGGCAAAGGUCUGAAACCCUCAAGGCCUUUGUUGUUAUUGAGGCCAAAAGCGAGAAAGGUCUAGAUGGCAAUUCAUCUAUUGCCAAAGAAAACGUACUAGCCAUAGACCCUCGAGGUAAAGAGGAACCUUGUGGAGGCAAGGUGGAUGAUGUAAAGGAACCUUCCGGGGAGAGGAUGGAUGGUGCAAAGGAACCUUCCGGGGGUAAGAUGGACGAUGCAAAGGAGCCUAUCGCGGAUAGCGUUGGCGGUAUAAAGGAACCUUCUGGGGACAUGAUGGAUGAUACUAAAUCUAAGGCGUUUUUUACUGAGAAUGUUAAGAGCAGAAAUGGACCCCCUGACGGUGUCCUGACUGGAGAAAAGGGACCCCCUGGAGGAAGUAUGGAGGAGAUAAAACACAGUUCAUGGUACAUCAUCGAAGGAUCGAACGGGGAGGAGGAAACAGAUGACAAAUGUAAUCCAACAAAUGAAGGUGACCAAACCACAAGUCAGGAACAAGACUCUACCUCUGGAGAAACAAAACGUGAAGAUAGAGGAACAGAGAAGAUGGUCUCAGGGAAGCCUUUCAUGUUUGGUCAUCGGAGGGUUGCCUCUUCCCCUCCUGCAAUUACUGUAACAUCAGUUGAUAGCACGUCGUUGUCCGGGGGGGAAAUCGCAAGUGGUGUGACUUACCUAGAGAGGAGCCGAAGUGACUCUGAUGUCAGUACCUGCGUCAAACAAGAACUUGACGAGUCUGUGAUGUCGACGGAAGACAACUUAGAAAAUCUUGAUGAAGACGACACUGAUGGCAGUGGGCAAAUGGGAAAAGAAAAAACAGUGGAAAGCAGCGACGCAGAAGGCUCUAUUAUAGAACGGAGUUUGCCUGAUUUCAGAAAAGUAAACACGGUGCCCAAAGCUCUAGACAAGAAAAGUGACCCAAUCCAUGAACACCACCUUCUCCCCCCUGGGGAGAAAGUACUUGUAGUUGUGAGUGAGAAGGAGACAAGCUCUAUUAUUGCCUACACACUGAGCACUAAAGAAUAUAACGAGUGCUUGCUUGACAUUCAGCGGACCCUGUCAGAAAUCAUGAAUGGAGCGACCAGGGAAUUUCUACAAAGUAAAAGUGAUUUCGGAAAGUCUGUUGACGUAUCUCUGAAGGGACAGCCGCAGGCGGACAUUCCGCAUUGUUCAGACAAGAUUAUCAGAGUUGAUUCCAGUACAGAGGCGAAUGAAGCAUUCCAUAUCCCCCUCCCUCUUCUCCUCCCCCCCCCCCCCCCCCCCCCCCCNAUGAGCAACAGUCAGGAAUAUCGAGUAGAGCCCGACUCACAAUCAUCACCUCAUAGAAAGCACAGCAAAGCGGAAAGGGUCGUGUACUCCAAGGUGAAACACACUGCUGCUCAGAAAGAGGACAUCAAGAAGGUGGAGAAUAUUCCAACUCAAGAUACUUCAGCUCAAGAUGACACUGAUCUCGUACAGUUUGGCUUCCAAAGAAAAGAUGCUAAUCCGGCGGUGGAUUUUCACUUCAAACACCAGUUUGCUGACAAUACCUGCCGGUUCUACUGUAGUAUAUAUUUUGCUGAACAGUUUCGACUUCUGAGAAAGAGAAUCUUUCCUGACGGCGAAGAGAAGUACAUUCGAUCUCUGCAGCAUUCAGUAGCGUGGGGGGCUCAAGGCGGAAAGUCGGGAUCAGCUUUUUUCAAAUCAUUAGAUGACCGGUUUGUUAUGAAGCAGAUGUCCCGGCAGGAGUUGCAGUGUUUUCUGGAGUUUGCUCCUCAUUACUUCCGCUACAUCAAUAAAGCUCUCGAUGAACAGCGACCGACCUUGUUGGCGAAGAUCUUGGGUAUAUACAGAAUUGGUUACAAGAACUCACAGACGAGCGCAACGAUGAGACAAGAUGUGCUUGUGAUGGAGAACUUGUUUUACGACCGGAAAAUCGACAAGACUUUUGAUUUAAAAGGAUCUAUGCGGAGCCGUUAUGUUCAGACUUCUGGGCUGAAGAAUGAUGUCCUGUUGGACGAAAAUUUACUUGAAAUGAUCCGUGAAUGUCCGAUAUUUUUCCGACCGCAUUCUAAAGCGAUUCUCUCCCGUGCGAUUCAUAACGACACCGAGUUUCUCGCUCAGCAGAUGGUCAUGGAUUACUCGCUUCUUGUCGGCAUAGAUGAAGCCAGAUCUGAACUCGUUACUGGAAUCAUAGAUUUUAUCCGAACAUUUACGUGGGAUAAGAAGCUAGAAAUGUACGUGAAAGCGAGUGGUAUUCUGGGAGGCCAAGGGAGAAUGCCCACUGUUGUGUCCCCAGAGCUGUACAGGACACGAUUCACCGAGGCCAUGCACAGGUACUUCCUUAUGGUCCCGGACAAAUGGACCGGGCUUGGGAGUGACCUUGACUAAGGAACCAGUAUGGUGUCCUCUUAGCUCUACAAGACACUGUUAGCCGGGGCCAUGCACAGGUACGUCCUUAUGGUCCCAGACAAAUGGACCGGGCUUAAGGAUGACCUCGACUACGGAACCACUGUUAUGUCCUCUUAGAUAUACAGGAGACAAUGCAACGAGGCUUUGCACAGGUACUUCCUUAUGGUCCCUGGUGGACUAGGCUUGGGAAUGACCUUGAAUAAGGUACCUGCUUUCCAAUUCAAUUUGUUCCGAGUGUUUUGUUAUAAGGACUUAUGAUCAAAAUUCUUCACUUUUUUGCAUACGUUUUCUAGAAUUGCCCGUGAAAAUUUAGUUUUUCAAUCAAGAAUGUGAAAUUGAAAUU